GAACAAAGUCACCAAUACUGAGCUCACUAUAUAAAUGCACUUACGACAGAAAUUUAUUGACACAUUCUCACUUUUUCUCUCUCCUCUGAUUUUCUUCUUCUUCUUCUUUACUGGUAGUGAAUAAUUUUUGGAAAAUGUGGAGAGUUACUCGAUCUGCGGCGGCGAAUCUCCGCCGUACGCGGCGGUUUUCCGUGGCUGCUACGAUUCCUGGUCCUUGUAUGGUGCAUAAGCGUGGUGCUGAUAUUCUUCAUGAUCCUUGGUUUAAUAAGGAUACUGCAUUCCCUUUGACAGAAAGAGAUCGACUAGGGCUUCGUGGUCUCCUGCCACCUCGUAUUAUUUCAUUUGAACAACAGUAUGCCCGUUUCAUGGAUUCAUAUCGAUCACUGGAGAAAAAUACUCAGGGGCAGCCAGAGGCUUCUGUAUCUUUGGCAAAAUGGAGAAUUUUGAACAGACUGCAUGACAGGAAUGAGACGUUAUAUUACAGAGUCCUUAUUGAUAAUAUCAAAGACUUCGCUCCCAUUAUAUAUACUCCAACUGUAGGGCUGGUGUGUCAAAAUUAUUCCGGUUUGUUCAGACGUCCUCGUGGAAUGUAUUUCAGCGCCAAGGACAAGGGAGAGAUGAUGUCCAUGAUCUAUAAUUGGCCUGCUCAACACGUUGAUAUGAUAGUCGUCACAGAUGGCAGCCGAAUUCUCGGUUUAGGAGAUCUUGGAGUUCAGGGAAUUGGCAUACCUAUUGGGAAACUUGAUGUAUAUGUUGCUGCUGCAGGAAUGAACCCACAGAGGGUACUUCCAGUUAUGCACGAUGUGGGUACUAACAACCAAAAGCUUCUGGAAGAUCCUCUCUACUUAGGACUCAGACAACCUAGGCUAGAAGGGGAAGAAUAUCUUUCCAUAGUUGAUGAAUUUGUGGAAGCUGUUCAUACACGUUGGCCCAAGGCUGUUGUGCAGUUUGAGGACUUCCAAAUGAAAUGGGCUUUUGAAACACUGCAAAGAUAUCGCAAAAGGUUGUGCAUGUUCAAUGAUGACAUUCAGGGAACUGCAGGUGUUGCUUUGGCUGGGUUAUUGGGUGCUGUGAGAGCACAAGGCCGUCCAUUGACUGACUUUAUAAAACAGAAAAUAGUUGUGGUUGGAGCUGGGAGUGCAGGGAUUGGUGUCCUUAAUAUGGCAGUGCAGGCAGUUUCCAGGAUGGCUGGGGCAAAUGGGCUCCCAUCUGAUCAUCAAUUUUACCUAAUAGAUAAAGAUGGGCUAGUAACGAAAGAGAGAAAGAAUUUAGACCCAUCUGCUGCACCCUUCGCAAAAUAUCCAGAAGAAACCAAGGGGCUUAUGGAAGGAGCUAAUCUAGCAGAAGUGGUUAGAAAGGUUAAACCAGAUGUGCUUCUUGGUUUGUCUGGAGUUGGUGGCAUCUUCAAUGAAGAGGUGCUGAAGGCCAUGCGAGAAUCAGACUGCCCUAGACCUGCUAUAUUUGCCAUGUCAAACCCUACGAUGAAUGCUGAAUGUACUCCUGCCGAUGCUUUCAAGUAUGCCGGAGAACACAUUGUUUUUGCAGGUGGAAGUCCCUUCCAGAAUGUAGACCUUGGGAAUGGAAAAGUAGGUCAUGUCAAUCAAGCGAAUAACAUGUACCUGUUUCCUGGGAUUGGAUUGGGAGCAUUGCUUUCAGGUGCUCGCUUAAUAACUGACAACAUGCUGCAAGCUGCUGCUGAAUGUCUUGCUAUCUACAUGUCGGACGAGGAAAUAAGCAAGGGUGUUUUGUAUCCAUCAAUUGGGAGUAUACGAGAAAUUACAGCAGAAGUUGGAACUGCUGUACUGCGAGCAGCAAUUGCUGAAGACCUAGCUGAAGGACAUGGUGAAGUGGGGCGGAAAGAACUCAGGUGUAUGUCAGAGGAAGAGACUGCGGAAUAUGUCAGACGGAAUAUGUGGUUUCCCAUCUACAGCCCUCUUGUACACGAGAAGUGAGGCCACGACGAUCAGCCCCUUCAUCUGCUAUAUCAGUUGGACAGUCCGUUCUGGCUGAAAACUGUAAAACUGUCUCAGAAGACAGUAUUGUUGCAAAUUGGAACAGAAAAAAUGUAGAAUCAUAGAAAUGGGGAGUUGUGAAAAUUUUUGCCAUCUUCAUCUGUUUGAACUGAAACUGUUGAAACUAGGAUCCUCCCUUGUAUAGAAUUAUAUCUUCAGGUUGGGUCCAUUUUACUUGAAAUCAUUUGUAUGCAGAUGCAGUGCAUGGUAGCUUCCAACUGAUUCUUGCUUUGCUUUUUAACUGACUAUUAUACAUUAACACUUAAUAUAUUUUCGGUACUUCGGUAGGAUAUAUAUGGUAUUAUGGGGUGUUUAGAGUC